AUGAUGUUUCGUCAUAUGGUAACACCAAAGCUGUAAUGCCAACCUCCAGGCCUCGAUGAACUUCCUUUUUCUCGUGUUCUUUUGACAACACGAGGUUAGAAUCGCUGUUGUGCUUUAAAAAGCAUCAUAAUGGCUGAAGAAAACUGGAAUGAUGAUAGUGUCGAAGCGGGCAGCAUGGCUAUUGACAGCGCGCCCCUGCCGCUCGCCGCCGACAUUCCUGAAAUCAAGCUGUUUGGAAGGUGGAGCUGCUAUGAUGUUCAGGUGUCUGACAUGUCCCUGCAGGAUUACAUCUCAGUCAAAGAGAAGUACGCAAAAUACUUGCCUCACUCCGCUGGCAGGUAUGCACACAAGAGAUUCCGUAAGGCUCAAUGCCCCAUCGUCGAGCGUCUGACCAACUCUCUGAUGAUGCACGGACGUAACAAUGGCAAAAAACUUAUGGCUGUCCGAAUUGUAAAGCACGCAUUUGAAAUCAUUCACUUGCUGACUGGUGAGAAUCCUCUGCAGGUGCUUGUGACAGCUAUCAUUAACUCUGGACCCCGUGAAGACUCCACUAGGAUCGGUCGUGCCGGUACAGUGCGUCGUCAGGCCGUGGACGUUUCCCCUCUGCGCCGUGUAAACCAGGCAAUCUGGUUGUUGUGCACAGGUGCCCGUGAGGCGGCUUUCAGGAACAUUAAAACUAUUGCUGAGUGCGUUGCUGAUGAACUUAUCAACGCAGCCAAGGGUUCAUCAAACUCUUAUGCCAUCAAGAAGAAGGAUGAGUUGGAGCGUGUUGCUAAGUCCAACCGUUAAAAACUUUAUUUUAAGACAUGUCUCAAUAAAAAAAAAGUCAGAA